AUGGCGUCAAGUACAAUUCCGACUCAUUACCCUCAACUAAUCGAUCCUACUAGAACACCGUUAGCAUUUCAGCGGCUCGCUGUGCCAAGAUUACGUCGUGAAUUAGAAAGCACAACAUUGCUCACGCGACAACGAGCAUUACGAUCUUUAUGUGAUUAUCUUCAUGAUCCAGAACAUAUUACACCUUGCAUCGAACAAGGUAUUCCUGGAACAUUAGUGAGUAUCUUGAAAGACAAUGAUUCAUUCUGCCGACUCAAAGCUGCCGAAUGUUAUUAUGUGAUUGCAAGUCAUGCUAUCGGGCGCAGGGCGAUGGAGAUGGGUGAUGUUAUUUCACGUUUGUCCGAAUUAUUCGAUGAUAAAGAGGCAUCUGUUAGACGUAAUGUUCACAGAGCAAUAGCGAUGUAUGCUGAAGCUCCGCCAGGCGCUGAGAAUAUUAUUGAAUUGAAAUUAAUUCCAAACUUAUUAACAAAAUUAACAGCAGAAUUAGACGAAAUUAAAGAGAUUAUUUUGAACACACUGCAUUAUUGCUUAAUGAUUGAUAAGGAACAAGCGUUAGAAGCUAAUUGUAUGUCUGUUCUAACAAAUUUAUUAACUCAUCCAACUACAAAAAUCAAAACGCUGGCUGCAUUAGACAUAUUUCAUCUCAGCCUUGCGCUAAAGGGGAAAGAACAAGCUGUUGAUCUUGGAACAAUCGAUCAUUUAGUGGAAUUUUUAGAUUCAGAGUCUGAUGAGUUAAGAAGCAAAGCGGCAGUAGCUUUAGCAUCUAUUGCAAUUAUUACACCAGCAAAAUACUGUGCUAUCAAGGCCGGUGCAUUAUCAAAACUACUGGAUAUGUUAGAUAGUGAAACUACAGAAUUAAUCGUUAAUGCUCUGAAGGCAAUCGUGUGCCUAGCUGAAGCACCUGAAGGACGUAAACAAUUGUUAGACCAUAUUGACAAGAUCGAACCGUAUAAAAAUCACCGCUUACCAAAUGUUGCUAAACAAGCUCAAAUAGCUGCAAAAAUAAUUACAUGGCAACCAUAA